GCUUCCGUCCUCUCGGCUUCCUUGCAGCACCCCCACCUGCCAGAGCUGAGCUUCCCAGGCCCUGCCUAGCCUCAAGUGGGCCCUCAAGCCCUCUGCCUGCGGAAGUUUCUUUACCCCCAAUGAGAGGAGCAGCGGAUCCAGGUCUCUGGAGAGCUGCGAGUGGAGGGUACUGAGCCAAGGCAUAGACCUGUCACCUCCGCCCCGAAGCCACUUGUACCCUCCAUGCAGAGCCAGGAUGGGGAACAGAGCCGAGGAAGAUUAUAACUUUGUCUUCAAGGUGGUGCUGAUCGGCGAGUCAGGCGUGGGGAAAACCAAUCUGCUGUCCCGGUUCACGCGGAACGAGUUCAGCCAUGACAGCCGCACCACCAUCGGGGUUGAGUUCUCUACCCGCACGGUCAUGCUGGGCACGGCCGCUGUCAAGGCUCAGAUCUGGGACACAGCUGGCCUGGAGCGGUACCGAGCCAUCACCUCCGCGUACUAUCGUGGUGCAGUGGGGGCCCUGCUGGUGUUUGACCUAACUAAGCACCAGACCUAUGCCGUGGUGGAGCGCUGGCUGAAGGAGCUCUACGACCACGCCGAGGCCACAAUUGUGGUCAUGCUCGUGGGCAACAAGAGUGACCUCCAGCAGGCACGGGAGGUACCCACUGAAGAGGCCCGAAUGUUUGCCGAAAACAAUGGGCUGCUAUUCCUGGAGACCUCAGCCCUGGAUUCCACUAAUGUCGAGCUGGCCUUCGAGACUGUCCUCAAAGAGAUCUUCAGCAAAGUGUCCAAGCAGAGGCAGAACAGUAGCCGGACCAACGCCAUCACUCUGGGCAGUGCCCAGGCUGGGCAGGAGCCGGGCCCUGGCGAGAAGAGGGCCUGCUGCAUCAGCCUCUGA